AUGGCAAAAGAGUCUUUUCGUGAAAGGCAAAUGGAAGAACUGGAAGCGAUAAAGUCGAUAUUUGGCAAUGAUGUUGAAGAUUUACGGCCAUAUAAUAGCAGUGCCACACCUUCACAAUGGAAACCGACCGAUAUUCGUAUAAUGUUGACACCCUUGCGAGAUUCAUCAAAUGGUCAGGCGGAGGCAUAUGUUCGUACGAAACUGCAUGUAGUGUGUCCAUCCAAAUAUCCUAAGGUAGCACCCAAGGUCACUUUGGAAGAAACGAAAGGUAUUUCCGAUCAACUCAUCGAGGAGUUACUUCAACAAUUACAACAACAAUCGCAAGAGUUACGUGGUGAAGUUAUGAUCUAUGAGCUAGCGCAGACGGUCCAAGCCUUUCUCCUAAAGCACAAUAAACCGCCAAGAGGUUCAUUUUACGAUGAAAUGUUACAACAAAAACAACAACGAGAACAAGAAUUACUCGAUAUGAAAAAGCAACGUGAAAACCAAGAAAGGCAAAAUCUCAUCGAAGAAGUUGAACGUCGCAAGGAGAUGUUUAAGUCGGAAGCAAAAAGACGUGAACCACGUCGUAGUAUGAGUGAAUCGAAUCAUCGUCAUCCCAGCUCCUCAGAAAGUUCGGAGAGUUCUUCGCCGUACUAUCGUGGACAAAUCUAUCCCACAAGAUGUGUUGAACAUCGUAAUAGCGAAACGUUAUAUUUCCAUAAAGUUGGACGACAAAUUCGAAGAGGUAGCUGUUUGGGUCAUUCACAGAAGGGUUGUAUUGCUUAUACGGGAAUUGAUAUUGAUACCGGACAAUUGGUCUACAUCACUGAAUGGAAUAUUAAAUAUUCGCAAAUUGAGCAGCAUUGUGGUGGAAGUGGCAAAUGUCUAUGGCUUACAUCGGAACCAAACUGUUCGGGUAGUCAUCGUGUUGAUGACAUUAUUUCAUCGAUAGAGAAACAAGUCAGCACCUUGGCCCAGCUGCAUCAUAAAAAUCUCAUUCAAUAUGAAUGUGUGCUGUGCAUAAAACGUAAAGAAGGAUUGUUGGUAUAUUUGGUGCAGGAUUUUGUCUUUGGCACAAGUGUAUUUAGUAUUUCUUCGGCGUUGGGUUGGUGUAUGGAUGGUGUUCGUGGUGUGGCGAAGGGGGUGUUGGAAGCUUUGGUAUUUCUCCACAAUAAAGGAGUUUCACAUAGCCAUCUUUUGGAUACAACGGUAUUUAUGGAUAAUAGUGGUAUGAUCAGAGUGACAGAUUUUUCCAUUGUUACCAAUUUGCUGGAGUUAAUUGGUGGUUCUGGCGAGAGAUCGACACAUGGUGAUUUACCAGCACUUGGAACACUGGUGGAUAGUUUAAUGAGUACUCAUACACCGGAGAUGCGAGAUUUCAUUGAUAAAUGCCAUUCCGAUCGUACAUUAUCAGCAUCCGAACUGCUGGAACACCCAUUUCUACGCUGUUCCCUAUUCACUAAUGAGGAUAAAGAAAAUCAACAUUUAACCAUGGCUAUGACAACAUACAAAACCCUAGGUGGCGGCGCUGUUGGUGGAAAGCCCUCCUUGGCUGUGGCACCGCUAAAACAACGAAAUAAUGCGGCAGGACAACCGACAACACCACAAACCCUGGCACCCUUUUCCAUACCAUCAUUACCCACGUCACAAUCACGCCUACGAACUGAAUUCGAAGUUCUUAUGUAUUUGGGCAAGGGGGCUUUCGGUGAUGUUCUUAAAGUUCGUAAUAUCCUCGAUAAUCGUGAAUAUGCCAUAAAGCGAAUACCACUACCGGCACGAAGUAAACAGUUAUAUAAGAAAAUGACACGAGAAGUAGAGCUACUGUCACGUCUAAAUCAUGAAAAUGUGGUCCGCUACUUUAACAGUUGGAUAGAAAGUGUCAAUGAAGAGGAUAUCGAGGAAAUGGAUAAGUUGGUAUCCGGCGAUUGGUCCAUGAGUGUGGAGAGUAUUAAGCCACCAAAAUCACCACAAGUUGCAAAUGCCACAACGGAGACGGAAACCGAUUCAUCAAGCCUUUGGAAUGGUUAUAUACCACAUGAUAUGGAUGAUUCCGAUUCAGAUGAUGGUAUUGAAUUUGUUGACUCUAAUGGUAAGGUGGCUGUCUAUAGUGAUGAUGAAGAUGACGAUGAUGUCGAUGAGGUUGAUUCGGAAAUAUCUAAAGUCCUAUCACCGAAACCGGUAAUGCAAAUCAUGUACAUUCAAAUGGAAUUUUGUGAAAAAUGCACUCUCCGCACAGCCAUCGAUGAUAAUUUAUAUGCCAAUACAGAUCGUCUGUGGCGUUUAUUCCGUGAAAUAGCCGAAGGUUUAUCACACAUCCAUCAGCAGGGUAUAAUACAUCGAGAUUUGAAACCGGUUAAUAUUUUCUUAGAUUCUCAUGAUCAAAUAAAGAUUGGUGAUUUUGGUCUGGCCACCACAAGUUUUUUGGCCCUACAAUCUUCUCAUCAGGAGCAUAAUAAUAUACAGCAAAGUCAUGCUUCGCAAAUAACAUCAAUAGAAGAUGGUACCGGGACGGGCAAGGUGGGAACCACUCUAUAUGUGGCUCCCGAAUUAACGGGAAAUGCUUCAAAAUCAACCUAUAGCCAAAAAGUUGAUAUGUAUACCUUGGGUAUAAUCCUAUUCGAAAUGUGCCAUUCUCCAUUUGCUACAGGCAUGGAGAGAGCUGAAACUAUAAUUAAACUGAGAAGUCCCAAUAUUGUUAUACCAGAUUAUAUGUUACAAAAUCCCAAAAAUGAUAAGACUGUGAAGCUCCUUCGUUGGCUUCUAAAUCAUGACCCCUCACAAAGACCAACGGCCGAAGAAUUAUUAGUAUCUGAUUUGUUACCGCCAGCUCAGCUGGAAGCAAGUGAAUUACAGGAGAUGCUCAAGAAUGCCCUGGCCAAUCCCCAAAGUAAAGCCUACAAACAUAUUGUAGCUCGUUGCCUGCAACAGGAAAGUGAUGAAGUUUUGGAACAUACCUACCACAUGGGUGGUAGUCGUGCAAUGAAAUCCUGGAAUACACCAGUGGUCCUGGAAAGUUUAGUAACUCUCAGCCCGUUGAUUGAAUUUGUCAAGGGUAAAGUGGUAUCCCUAUUUCGUAAACAUGGAGCCAUUGAAGUGGAUACCCCCCUUAUGUCACCUCUAACGAAACGCACUAAUCAUUGGGUCAAUCCGGUCAAGCUAAUGACACAUUCCGGUUGUGUUGUGGUUUUACCAAGUGAUUUGCGCACCGAAUUUGCCCGACACAUUGCCAUGAGUGGUGUGAAUAUGAUACGGCGCUACUGUGUGGAUCGUGUAUAUCGCGAGGAAAAAGUUUUCAAUUUCCAUCCAAAACAAAAUUAUGAAUGUGCUUUUGAUAUCAUUUCACCACAUUCCGCCAGCCAUUUGGUAGAUGCUGAACUUCUAUCGCUGGCCUAUGAAAUUGCUUCGGAAAUUCCCAAUCCCCGGGAAAAGAAUGUUAUGAUUCGCAUGAACCACACAAAUCUCUUGAGGGCCAUACUGCUCUACUGUAAUGUACCCAAAGAAAUGUAUGCAGAUCUCUUUGCCAGCAUAUUGGAUUAUAUUGAGGGGCGUAUAUCGAAAUUUCAAUUUCAUUCGAUUGUAAAUAGCAUUAUGGAGAAGUCAAGGACAUCUGGAUCGGCUUUAAUUGAUUUGCUGCUAGCUAAUUUCCAAAUGAGUGGUAAAAACAGUGCUGAUGAUUCAUCACUACGGUCUUUGGUUAGAGGUAAAGGUGAAGCUGCCUCCCUGGCCAAGGGUGCCCUAAGAGAAAUGGAAUCAAUUGUGUUGUUGGCCCAAAGUUUGGGUGUAAAAUGUCCCAUACACAUAUUUGCUGGAUUACCCAUAAAUUAUGAGCGUGCAGCGGCGGGUGGUGUAAUAUGGCAAAUGAUUGCCGAUGUUAAACCGAAUCGUACAUCCAGACCCUCGGUAUUGGCUGUGGGUGAACGCUACGACAGCAUGCUAAUGGAUUUCCAAAAACAGGCACAAGGUUUUAAUCCCAACUUACCCAAUCGCUGUAUAAGUGGAGCUGGUCUUUCAUUCUCUUUGGAUAAACUUGUUGCCGCCAUGGGUUCAGAAGAUUCACAAAAAUGUCGAACAAUUGAAGUGGGUGUUUGUGUGUCGGGAUCAAGACCACCCCUUAAAGAUGUUACGUAUAUUAUGCGAUUGCUGUGGUCCGCUGGUAUACGUUGCAGUUUUAUCGAAUCGGUUACAUGUAGUGGUGAUGAAUCUCAAGAUUUAGCAAAACUAGGGGCUAGCCAUGUUAUAUUGGUUGCUGAAAAUGGAGCAUUACGUAUACGUUCGUGGGAGAGAGAACGUUUUCAGGAACGUCAUGUCACACGUUCCGAAUUGGCAGAUUUUAUACAGAAGCUUUCGUUGCGGCAGGAUAGCACAACCAAUGCCUCCAAUGAAUAUUACUCCGCUCAGCAGGCAAACACGAAUUACUACGGCGGUGGUUUUGGUGGUGGUGGAGGUGGUAGCUAUGGCAGUUAUGGCAGUCGUGGUGAUAAUGCCCUCAGCACCUCGGCAUCGGGAACAAAUGUUAAAAAUAUUAUCAGCUCGAGUAGUUUAAGUAAUUUACCGAAUAUACAAGUAAUAUUUUCGUUGACUCAAGAUAAGCUGUCGGCAAAUUAUCGAAGACGUUUGGAGAAUCAAGUAACUCAGCAAAUGUCUUCAACUCUGGCACAAUUUGCCAAAACAGAAACCAUAGCUGUUAUGGUAGUGGAAUUAUCGCCAUGCACAUUAAAUGGCAUAGUGGCAGCUAUUAAUCCACGAGCUGUCGAUCGAAAAGAGACUGAACAAGAAAUUAAUAGUGUAAUUGAUAGAUUCCCUAAAAAUCGUCGUUAUAUAUCCGAUAUAUGUGAUGAAGUUGUAGAUUAUAUUACCGAUUCGAAAAUAACCGUAGUGGCCUUAUAUAGUAUAACCGAUUCAUAUUAUCGUGUUAUAAUAUGAAC